GGACUGCCAAAACUUCAACUCCGAGUUCACUGAGCGUGAUAACAAUGUUAUACCUGAUGUGAUGGAACUGAUCGUGCCUAUGCUGUACACUAUACAGCUUUUACUGGUCAUCUGGCCGCCUUGCCUUCCUCAUUCUUAUACAACUACCACCGCCCAUCCCCUUUCUUUCAACUUCCCCGCCAGAUUUACCACCUUGUAUCCGCCCGUCGAAAAUGGAGGUAUUGACUGGUGCAUCCAAAGCCAAGAUUGGCAGAGGAAACUUUUCAAACAUUGGAAGGGACCAAAUCCACAAUUAUACUAUCGUUCAGACACGGGACAAGAGGACAAAGAUUGACAGAGGCCUACCAGAACUCUCCGAGUUCACCGAAAUCAAGCGGGGCGACAUCUUUAAGGACAAAGACAUCUGCUAUUCUUGGAAAUCGUACUCAAAUGAGAAAAACGACACGGAGGCGGCCGUGUAUAUUGCACAGAUUAUGAUUGGCGGCCGGUUUGGAGAGAACAAGUACACUGUGAAGACGUACCACGGGCGACAUGCGACCAGGGAAUGGAGGCGAGAUUUUUCGCGAUGUUCUAAGGACUGGCUCAGGGAUGUUCCACUUUUUGGCUACAACAAGUCAUUGGUUCCGUCGUUGAUACUCUGUGGAGAGCUUGUACCUCUCGCACAUGUCGAAAGGGGACUACGAGCUGUGGGGUUAUGCUACCUUAAGUUCUUGAGGUCCAACUUGGGAUGUUCAAGGAACGAGAUAUGGAUGGAUCCUAUGCAAGGAAGAUUCUGUCGCGGUCCCAUUGGGCCGAAAUGUUACAAUUGGCAGGAAGAAUACUUCAAUGUCAUGGUUCCUUUCGACGUGGAAUUCCUAAAGGAAGAGGUCGUCAUCCGAUACUUCACUAGCAAGGAACACGAUCGGGCGCUUCUCUAUACGCUUAGCUUUAGCAAUUCUGAAAUACUUGACGGCGAUAUCCCGGCAACCAGUCACAUCCACGUCAUUUCCGGUUUGACAAACUCGACAAUCGCUUUCACCAAGAAUGUACGGUGGCAGAGUUCGGAAGGUUGCCUUGGCAAAAACCGAGAGAGAAGAUUCCGCCUCGGAGACAAUCGGCGCAAGAUACAAGUAAAAUCUCUCGUCGAACGAUCCGCUUGGCUUGCACAAGCGUUCAGUAUCUUCCACACUCAUAACAUCUCGAUGGAUGAGGCCUUUUCAACCACGCUCGUCUUCCCUUGGCUUGGGCUCAGUGGCACACUUCAGAAAUCCAAACACAAACGACAACGACGCCAAUUACUACGUACACCAAUUUAUUUGAUUGUCCUUCCUUCUCCUUAUCCCCUCUAUCAUUGGUCGUUGGAUCCAACCGGCCAAACACCACCGCUCUCGCCAGAAAUGUGCAAAUACCUUGGUCUUCCCUUCAAGCUCUUCCUCAAAGUGACUCACUACCAAGAAUCCUGGCCAACCAGGGUCUACAAACACAUUCAUGAUUACCAAAUUGCGAGGAAUUUUGACCCAAAAACCUCGGAUUUCGCACGAUCUCUUGGAUACCCUAUAUUCACAGUCAUUUCAGCUGAAAACCGCUUCGAAGAAAUUGUCGAAGACUCGGAAGCUAAACUGUCGCCAAAUGUUAACAAUUCUCAAGAACACUCGGAACCUGUUCCCGACUCAAAUGUAAUUUACGAAAGCCAGGUGGAAGACCAAACUCCCGAAGAAACAGACGAUUAUUUCUCGCUCGAAUUGCUGUUUGAGGAAAAGGAAGGGUCCACAAACUACGCUGAGAGACCAAAUUCUGCAUCCACUCCACAAGACACGACGCGUUCACUACUCGGCACACUAUUUGCCCCAUUUGCAUGGGAAGCCAUCGGAGGUUCGGGUAUCCCAGCUGUAGUGAUGUAGGUGGUAAGGAUGGGUUUGGAUUCAGUGGAAAGCAACCUGGGGGCGUGCGGAUCGUUGUACUUAUGUAGGUCAUGUGCGGUCGGGACCCGGGAGAGAAUCUGCACCCUUUGGCCGGGACCUUUCAAACGAUCCAUGGCAACCUGGUGUUCGCUCUGCCGCAGAAGAUCGACCCCAACUGGAGCCCUUCGAGUAUGAGCAUGUUGUCUGGUCCAUGUCGAAAAGGUAAAGGUUUGGAAUUCGUUUGAUCAACACACUCUUCUGACCAUGACUGAUCGACUCGAUGAGAGUGGGGACGAGAGUGGGGUUCGGUCAAGGUGCUGAACGACAUAUCUGCAGAGCAGAAUUCAGUAGGUCGGAGGAUUAUUACAUUUGCAGCAAGGGAUA